AGACUCAGUUUCUCGAACGAAGAUGUUCUCGAUGUGCUGUUGCUUAAAGGCAAACCUGUUGAAGCGUUGAGGUUUUGUCAGAUGCGUCCACAUUUACUGCGACAAGAUCGAUCGUGGACCGCGGGAAUUCUCACCAAGGCUUUGAACUCACCCGAUAAGCGAGUGUUUUUUUCGGUCUACCGGUUUUUCGAGAUGAUUGAUCUACAGAACAAGGAGAGCAUGCCCUUCCUAACCGGUAUGUCGGGAUUGGUGGAUUAUGUUAUUUCCGCUUAA